UCUCGGUGGGAAAAUAUAUUUACUGGGCUCUGCGAAGCAUUUUUGUCAUUGCGAGUUUCUCUGAAUUUAUUUUAGUAAUUGUAGUAUUUUUUCGACACUGUGUGUUGUGUAUUUUGCGAAAAGAAUCACUGGAAAGCCUUAUCGUAUGCAUUUACUCUCAAAAUUUGUGUGUCCGGAUCCGCUGAAGCCAUGAAUUCGACAUCGAAUGUGGAAAAUCUAUCACCGCAAAUCAUCCGGCAGAUCGUGAAGGAGAUGCAUGAUCUGUCCACAAAUUCACCAGAAGGCAUCAAAGUACAAAUAAAUGAAGCUGACGUGACGGACAUUCAAGCAAUAAUCGAAGGACCAGCUGGAACGCCCUAUUCCGGUGGCGCCUUCCGCGUGAAACUGGCCCUUGGGAAGGAAUUCCCGUCAACACCGCCCAAAGCAUUUUUCCUCACGAAGAUCUUUCAUCCAAAUGUGGCGGCUAAUGGAGAGAUUUGUGUGAAUACACUGAAGCGGGAUUGGCAGCCAGAUCUGGGCAUUAAGCACAUUCUCCUUACCAUCAAGUGUCUCCUCAUCUGCCCCAAUGCUGAGUCGGCGCUCAACGAAGAGGCCGGCAAGAUGCUGCUGGAACGAUACGAUGAUUAUUCCCAGAGGGCUAAGAUGAUGACGGAAAUUCAUGCGCAGACGGCCAAGUCGAUGGUUCAGAGCGAAGAGGAGGGUCCACUGUCGAAGAAGAAGGCCCAAGACAAGAAGAAGGAGAAGCUGAUUAAAGAGAAGAAGCGCAAUCUCAAGCGAUUAUGAGCGCGCUUCAAUCGGACAAGAAAGAAACCUACCUUUUAAAAAGAAAUUUUCACCUACAAUUCUACUUUAUUUUUUUUGAGAAACCAAUGUCCUUUUGGAGGAUUAAAAAACAAAAGACGGAUAACACUAGGACUUCACACCAUGAUCCUUUUUUUUUAAAUCACAUCAGAAAAAAAAAGAUUAAGAAAAAACUCGCAGUCAAUUAAUGAGAAAAAAAAUGUUUGGUCUCAAGAAGUUCAAGAAUCCUUCUUUUGUCUUUUUUUUUUGAGUGGGAUUGAUGAUUUUUUUUUGUAUUGUCCCUUUUACACUCAUAAAUUUCUAAGUUAAUUUUCUUUCCUUGCACCUCCUCGUAAAAUAUAUAUUUUUAGUAAAAAAUUAAAAUAAAUAUCACUUGUCAUUCGAAUAAAACAAAAAUUCCCUUGAAAAAUAGUUUUAAAGUGCAUUUUUUCUCUAUUUUUUCUGUCUGUUACUAUUUUGUCAAAGUCUGGAAAAGUUGAUAAUCUUUUUUGAAUGUUUAGGUGUGAAAUUUAAAAAAAAACAAAGAAAACCGAUUAAAGAAAAAUCAUAUUUCCAACACUGCAAAAAUUCAUGUAACAAUUCUUUAUAAAACAAAAUUAGAAAUGUGUGUAUUGUGUCGAAGGCGAAAGUAGAAAAUAAUAUAUUUAUUUCAUUAAUGCCACUGUAAA